ACCCUAGAACAAACAGACCGAGCCGGCCACCGCCGCCGCCGCCGCGUCGCAUGGCCGAGUACGAGGAGCGCUACGAGGGCAACGGAGACCCCUCCGCGGGUGCCUUCACCGGGGGUUCCUCACCGGCCAAGCCUCCCGGGUUCUCCGACCAACCAGACGGCCCUUCCCAGGAGGUUCAACCACAUGAGGGAAGGUCGUCAAAGUCUAGAGAGAGGGACAGAGGGCGAGAGAAUGACAAGGAGCGUGACAGAGACCAUGGAAGAGAUAGAGAAAGGGGCCGGGAGAAGGACAGGGAGAGGGACCGAGGUGACCGUGACCGGGAACGUGACCGGCACCAUAGGGAACACCGUGAAAGAAGUGAAAAUAGGGAGCACCGUGAAAGAAGUGAAAAUAGGGAGCACCGGGAAAGAAGUGAAAAACGGGAGCACCGCGAAAGAAGUGAGAAAAGGGAACACCGCGAAAGAAGUGAAAAAAGGGAGCACCGUGGCCGUUCUGAUGACCAUGACCGUCAUCGGAGCCGUGACCGCGAUGUCGAAAGAAGAGACCGUGACAGAGAUGGUCAUCGCAGGCAUCGCUCACGCUCCCGUUCAAAGGGCCGUGACCGCAGAUCCAGAUCUCGUUCACGUUCUCGUUCCAAGAGCAAGCGGGUGAGUGGAUUUGACCAGGGACCAUCACAAGGCGUUCCUUUAGUUACUCCUGGUGUGACCCCAGGUCAGCUGCCUGCAGUUGCCCCUCUUAUUCCUGGGAUGCUUCCAAACAUGUUCAAUUUCACUGCUCCUACACAGUUCAAUCCUCUAGCUAUGCAGCCACAAGCCAUGACACAACAGGCUACUCGGCAUGCUCGGCGUGUAUAUGUUGGUGGACUUCCUCCAACUGCUAAUGAGCAAACAGUUGCUAUAUACUUCAAUCAAGUUAUGGCUGCUAUUGGAGGAAACACAGCUGGUCCUGGUGAUGCUGUUCUUAAUGUAUACAUAAACCAUGACAAGAAAUUUGCUUUUGUGGAGAUGAGGUCCGUGGAGGAAGCAAGCAAUGCAAUGGCCUUAGAUGGUAUAAUGUUUGAGGGAGCACCUGUGAAGGUCAGAAGGCCAACAGAUUAUAAUCCUUCUCUGGCUGCUGCACUGGGUCCAAGCCAGCCAAACCCCAAUCUCAACCUUGGUGCUGUUGGCUUGACACCUGGCUCAGCCGGAGGUUUAGAAGGCCCUGACCGCAUCUUUGUUGGUGGCCUCCCUUAUUACUUCACCGAGGCUCAAGUGCGGGAGUUGCUUGAAUCCUUUGGACCAUUGCGAGGAUUUGAUCUUGUGAAGGAUAGGGAGACAGGCAACUCGAAAGGAUAUGCCUUCUGUGUAUACCAGGAUCUUAAUGUCACUGACAUUGCCUGUGCUGCCCUUAAUGGUAUCAAGAUGGGAGACAAGACCCUCACAGUUAGGCGAGCAAAUCAAGGCACUUCUCAACCAAGGCCAGAGCAAGAAACCAUCCUGUUGCAGGCACAUCAGCAAUUGCAGAUGCAGAAAAUCAUGCUCCAAGUUGGUGGAGCUCUACCGACAAAGGUGGUAUGCCUGACCCAGGUCGUUUCAGCAGAUGAACUGAGAGAUGACGAGGAGUACGAGGACAUUUUGGAAGACAUGAGGGAAGAAGGGCGCAAAUAUGGUAACCUGGUCAAAGCUGUGAUCCCACGACCUGACCCCAGCGGUGCUGUUGUUCCUGGAGUUGGAAAGGUGUUUUUGGAAUAUGCAGAUGUUGAUGGCUCGACCAAGGCAAAGACCGGGAUGCAUGGCAGAAAGUUUGGUGGGAACCAGGUGGUAGCAGUUUUCUACCCUGAGGACAAGUUUGCGGAAGGAGAUUAUGAUGAUUAGAUGAAAUCCUCUGCAUAGUUGUCACCCAUAUCUCUGUGUUUACUUAGUUUUCAAGUUGCAUCGUUUUGUGUGUUCGUGGAACCAUCUGCCGGAUAUAUGAUCUGAACUUUGUUGGACAAGUACAUUUGUGCUUCUGCCUUCUAUGAAAAUUCGAGUUUAGGCUCCUUGGUACGACUGGUUGUACAAAUUUGGUCAAGGAUUUUUUUUUGAGUUA